AUGAACGACCCUGAAGCCAUCCCCAAUCCUGCAGCUCACCCAGCAAUUCGCCCCAAUUCGACGAAAGACAAAUGCCGCGACAGCCCCCAAAUGUUGGUCGAGCUAGACAAGCUCCUCAAACUAGCCGGCCCGAUGCUCUUCGUCAGCCUGCUGCAAUUUGGCAUCCAAAUGCUGUCCGUCAUGUUCGUCGGACGGUUGGGAGAGCUCCACCUCGCCUCUUCUUCCCUCACAACUUCGAUCGCAGGUAUUGGGAUGGGGAGCGCGCUGGAGACGCUGUGCGGGCAGGCCUACGGGGCCAAGCAGUACGCGAUGCUGGGGGUCCACGCGCAGAGAGCGAUGCUCGUGUUCGGGAUCCUCAGCAUCCCGAUUUCCGUGUUGUGGGUGUUCACGGGCCCGAUUCUCGGGGUCCUGAAGCAGGACCCCGAGAUCUCGGCCAUGGCGGGGGAAUCGGCCCCGUGGCUGAUCCCCAGCAUUCUGCCGUUCGGGAUCCUGCAGUCGCAGACGCGGUUUCUGCAGACUCAGGGGAUCACGGUCCCACAGAUGGCGACCACCGCUGUGGGCUGCCUGGUCCACGGCGUGGUCUGCUGGGUGCUGGUGGACAAGCUCGGGAUGGGGAACAGCGGGGCGUGCCUGGCGAACGGGGUGACCUACUGGGUCAUCGUGAUCGUUCUGGCGGGUUACAUCAAGGUUUCGAGCUCGUGUAGGGAGACAUGGAAGAGCUUCAGCCUGGAGGGAGCCAAAGGGGUUCUUUCGUUCCUCAAGUUGGGUGUUCCUUCAGCUUUCAUGAUGUGCUUGGAGUUCUGGUCUUUUCAGGUUUUCAUAGUGCUGGCUGGCCUUCUUCCUGAUGCAGAGCUGGAGACGUCCAUGAUGCUGAUCAGUACGAGAAUCUCCAACGAGUUGGGAGCGGGGAACCCGGGCGCAGCCCGAAUGGCGGUGCGGGUGGUGCUGCUGCUGGCGGUUUCGCAGGGCCUGCUGGCGAGCUCCAUCGCCACGGCGACUCGGCACGUGUGGGGUUGCAUCUACACCGACGACAAGAUCCUGAUCACCUACCUAUCCGUCGUCGCCCCGAAGAUCGCGCUGUGCAACUUCAUCGACGGGAUCCACGGCGUCCUGUCGGGCUGCGUCAGAGGGUGCGGGUGGCAGAACUGCGGCGCGUAUAUAAGCCUUGGGGCGUACUAUUUCGUCGGCAUCCCG